UAAAAAUGAAUUAACUUUAACAACAAUAAGAUCAAACGUUAUUAAUGAAGGCUAAAGUAGAAUAGAUAGUUGAAUUCAUCAAUAAUCCUAAUUAAGAUAAGAUCCAAUAAAUUAUUGAAUUUAUCUAAGACUUAUCAAAAAUUCAUUUCUCACCUUAAAUUGAAUAUUAUCCUGGUAAAUUUUGUGCUCUUUCAUCAACCUUUUUCAAUUAAACAGUUAAAGAGGAUUUUAUUGAACAUAAGGGUUAUUAUUUUCUAGCAUCAAAAGUAAGAGAAUAUUACAGAAGAGGGGAUUACUAUGAUAUUUCUAUUGGAGAUUUAUAAUUUACAUAUUAUGAUGGAAAUAAUGUCUCCCAAGUACUAAUUGAAUUAACUUCAGAAUUUUUAGAAAAAAUAUUUUCAAAAAAUUAUGUGGAAAUUCUAAAAAAGUAUAAUUUAUUUUAAAUUAAGAUCUGCUGAAUUCUAUCAAAUGCAAGAAUAAAAAAUAGAUUUUAUUUGUUAAAAGACAUUAAAAAAAUAUUUUAUAUCAGAUGGAAUCAGAAUUGAUCAUUAAGAUGUUUCGAUAUUUUGGGCUUUAGAUAAUCUUCAUUUAUUAGAUGAAAAUUAAAAAAAUUUUGUACUAGAAUACUAAAAAUUGUAGUCUUCAAUUAGAUGA